AUGUCGGCCGAAACAGCUACAUCGCAGAGCGCAAGCGCAGCCUCUAGUUACGACCGCGAUGCUAUAAUAGCAAGCAUCACCCGAUACUACGAACUCCUUUCAAAGACAGUAUCGAUCAAACCGGCAGAAAUCGGAUACGCUCGAAAAGGAGGGCGCUUCGACAAGAGCAUUCCGCUUUCGAAGCUCCGUCGACUCGGUUUCAACGAUCGAAUGAUCGACUUCAUCCGCCACGUACCAUUUUGUCACAGCAACGAUAGGCCCGUCUUCCCAGACACGACCACACUUAACUAUUACCCGCAUCUUUUUUACUAUCCCGAGGAAGAUUACAAGCUCGAAGAUGCUGACAUGACGGGAAUGUGGCCGAUUGAAGAUUCAAGGAUACCUGAGGGUAUCAUCCCACUGUCGGUUCCUCUGGAGGGAAGCUCUCUGGGAACGUGGUGGAUGCUGGAUACCAACAAUGGUGAAUUGACUGCUCGCGGCCCGUACCUUACGAGACCAUUCGAGGAAGUCCCAGAAGACGAAGAAUGGCGUUCGUCUCGACCCGUGCCUGCGGUCGCCUAUUUCGACGGCUUGUGUCAAGAUCUGAUAUCGCUCCAAAUGAUACCCUUGCCACACCCUUCUGAUCACUGGAUGAUAUGGGAAGCUCGAGAUGACGAGAUAUACGCCUCCGAUACCUUCAUGUCAUGGGCAAAAGUGAGUUUACACGAUUCUACCAUACACUUCGUCUCCCCCCACCUCCCCUCGCUUGUCGUAUUCUCACCGAAUGUCUACGAGACUGGAUGGAUUAACGCGACACCAGGAAGCUAG